AUGGACACCUCGCCUGAUCUAUUGGAUGUGCUUCGUGAAGCUUUGAUAAAACCAUCAGCAGCUUCAGAAGAUCAAUCAGGCACAUUAGCAGGCGGAAGGAUUCGUUUAUUGGAUGUUGGAGGACAAUCAACAGUGGAUGAUAUCUCACAAGCUGCUACAAUUGAGAUCGAUCAAAGACCAUGGCCAAAGUCUCAAAUCACUCGAUUGGCAAGAUCAAGAAAUGCUCUAGCUCUACAGUCUGGAUCUACAGCAACACCCGAAUCAGACCCUGAAAGCUUUUUCCCUCUUGAUGCUAUCAUCUUUGCUCUGUUAAUGGCAAACGCUCAAGGUGGUUUGUAUGUCGUUCAAGCCACAAAUAGAGGUAUUCCUCGUUUUGAGGCACUGGAAAGAAAUGAUAUCCUGGCAUACCUCACAGGCAAGCGUGCUGAAUGGGAUGGCGUAUUGAGUGUGGUCGAAAUCAAGUCAAGAAAAGGUGCAGCAGAAAACGAUCAAGCAGUCAAAUUGCCCACCAAACGAGCUUAUGUACCCUCAAAAGCGGAUGCAGCAUUCGUCAAAAGACUACGAACAUCUGGGGUUGAGAUCGUUCUGCAGAACAGGAAUGAUGCAAUGCACGGCGCACAUCCAUGGACGAAAACAGCAGACUUUUCAUCUUUCAGGAUGGCGCUUGCUCCAACGAUCGAAGCGGCACGAAAAGCAGCAGCCCGGAAGCAAUCUGGAGCUCCCGUCAGAGGGACAACACAAACAAGCUCAGCAAAUGCACCAGCACGGAAGCAAAGAGCUCAAGAUCCAAUCAUUAUGCUAUCAAACAGUCCUACUGCACUUAUCAACAUGUUCAAUGUCAAGAAAUUGUUGGAAGAGGGAAUAUUUGUUGAUCCUGUUGCAGCACGUACAGCUGCCAACGGAGUAACGGAACCAAUUGUUGCUAUCAGUCAUCGUAACCCGGCCACGAGUAACCAGGCAUCACAAAACCCAUCUGCCAGCGCAAGAGGAGGUCGAUUCCUGGUUGUGGACAAUGUCGAUUCUCUGCAAAAGUUGGCAGGUGGACAGGAUGUAUGGCAAAGGGUCGUUGUAGUCUUUACAACCGGUCAAACAUGGCAAUUCAAGAAUUAUUAUUGGUCGGAACCACGUGAACUAUUCAGACAUGUGAUGGGAGUAUAUGCAAGAUGGAACAAUGAGCCAAAGAAUGCAAACGUUCAAGAUUGGCCGAUUACUGAGUUAGUGAUCGAUAGAAGUAAACGACAUACAGAUCGACAGGUAAUCUCUCAUUUCUGGCGUUCGGUGGAUUCGUUUGUGAGCCGAAGAAAAUCUCAUUUGGUGAUGUAAUUUUAGUGU